AUGCGAGACCAACUUCGCCUAAUCGACACUUCCCAUCGACAAAAUGACGAAACCCCUCCUCUCCCCUACCUCUCAGACCUUCGUGAUGAACUCAACCGACAGGCAUGGCCACUAGGCCCAUGGCCCCAGGGGACGAGGGAGAGAUUCAUUUCCAAUCUCCUGCUCAAUCUGCGACUAUGCAUCACAACCCUCAUGAACAACCGACAGAACUGGGACGGGAACGAGGACGUUGACCCUGACUUGCAAGAUUCGGGUUUGAGGCAUAACGCCGCGACGCACAUUCGAGCGUUCCCCUGGCCAUGGGUCAUGGUUCGCCGGAGGAGGAGAAUUUGUAGUGGGAAAGGAAGUGUUUCAUACAGAAGGAAUGGUUACGCUUGGGUUCUGACCACGAGGCCAUAUGCGCCAAGACUUUCACGUGAAAAUUUGUCGCGGUCAAGUGAAUGGCUUCACUGCCAAUCUUCAAGCUCUUCCAAAGGCAUGAUCGCCUGCCAAUACAACAGCUGGGAGACAGAUAUAGGAGAGGCAGCUCGCUCUCGUCCUCACCGAAGUGAAAUGAAUCGAGGCCCCUCCGAUGGUUCUCCGCGGGCAGAUCCCGACAAAAUCAUUGGCAUUGAUAUACGAGAUGCACAUCGUCGCAGACGAGUCCUUCGUCCCGCAGCAUGCGAUAGAUUAAGUGAACCAAACAUCAACAACGCCUUCGCGGAAUCAUAUGCGACUCGUCCAUUCAUCUGCCCUGCCAAUCUGCGGAUGUCACUCCGUGGCUGCCUGACCACGCCUAGCAUCUCCGAAUGCCAUGGUAACGCUCCUGAACGUCAGUCAGUUUGA